UAUGCCGCAGGGAGGCAGCAGAGCGCUAACAGGGCCGAGACAGCCGGGCAAAGAAGAAGAAGGACGGCAGGUCGGAACCUUCCUGUCGGCGCUCGUUGUUUCCGGCCGGACUCAGUUCCUGUGCGGCCCCCCAUGUGUUGACUGUCCCGUGCGGCUCCGUGUCUCCGGUGUCGGUCAGCGGCUCGGUUCUCUCGUGUUCUCCGUCAGUCCUCGGCAGGUACCGGACAUGCCGACCGGCGGCGUUUCUCUGUUCUCCGGGUUCCGGGUUCUGGGGCUUUACUCCAACCACGUGCCGCACGCGCUCCGGUACCACCAGAAGCACCGGGAGUUCUACGUGGUGACGGCGGUCGGUCAGUGUUUCCACACGUACAACGUGAACAGGCUGGGCAUCGUCGCUGUCAGUAACAGCCUAUCAGAUGACAUCAGCUGUGUGGCAGCGGACAGGAUGUUGGUGUUCGCCGCCGCCGGACGACUCAUCAGCGCCUUCGCCAGGAACAAAGAGGUGGUGAUGUGUUACCAUGGACACAGACAGGAAGUGCGUCUGCUGCUUCCUCUGGGUGAUCAGCUGAUCUCUGCUGACAGUGGUGGUGAUGUCAUCGUGUGGGACGUCCAGGGAGGAGAUGUGUACCUGCGGCUGCAGUUUGACCCCGCUACCUUCGACGUGUCGGCCAUGAUGCACCCCUCCACCUACCUGAACAAGGUGCUGCUGGGCAGCUCCCAGGGUGCACUGCAGCUCUGGAACAUCAGGACCAGUAAGUUGCUGUUCACGUUCCCCGGCUGGUCGGCAGGCGUCACCGUUCUGCAGCAGAGUCCCGCGGUGGAUGUGGUCGGCGUCGGCACGGCGACGGGUCGCAUCAUCAUCCACAACAUCCGAUUGGACGAAACGCUGAUGAGCUUCACACAAGACUGGGGACCAAUCAGCUCGCUCGCUUUCAGAACAGACGGUCCUCCUAUUGUGGCGUCCGGCAGCCCUCAGGGCCACAUUGCAUUCUGGGAUCUGGAGCGCCGCCAGCUGGUCACUCAGCAGAGACAGGCCCACAGGACAGCCAUCGCCGCGGCAACCUUCCUACACGGAGAGCCGCUAUUGGUCACCAACGGAGCCGACAACGCCAUCAAGGUGUGGAUAUUUGACCAGGAGGGGGGCGGAGCCAGGUUGCUGCGCAGUCGUCAGGGCCACAGUGCCCCACCCACCGCCAUUCGUCACCACGGUAACGAUGGAAAAAACAUCCUCAGUGCUGGUCAGGACGGGACGCUGCAGUCUUUCUCCACCGUCCACGAGCGAUUCAACAAGAACCUGGGUCAUGGCUCCAUCAACAAGAAGAAGGAGCAGAAGAAGAAGAAGGGCUUGUCCUACGAGGAAUUGCGUCUUCCUGCCAUAACAGCGUUCUCCUCUGCUGCUGCUCGCCAGUCAGACUGGGACGGCAUCGUUGCGUGUCAUCGCGGUCGCCUGGCAGCAACCACAUGGAACUACCAGCGGUGCACCAUGGGAGCUCACCAUCUGCAGCCGCCAGUAACGCAAAGGAACGCCAUUGCUACGGCUGUCGACAUCACUUCCUGUGGCAACUUUGCUGUGAUUGGUUUGUCGUGUGGCCGCGUCGACGUCUACAACCUGCAGUCUGGCCUGCACCGUGGUUGCUACGGCGAUGAGAAUAAUGCUCACAGCGGGGCGGUGCGAGGCGUUGCCACAGAUACUCUGAACCAGCUGACACUCACAGCAGGCUCUGAUUGGCUGCUCAAGUUCUGGCGCUUCAAGAGCCGGAAACAGGAAGAGCAGCUAAAGCUAAACGCUGCGCCGGCUAGCAUGAUGCUGCACAGAGACAGCGGGAUGUUAGCAUUAGCGCUGGACGACUUCACACUGCUGGUGGUCGACAUAGAAACCAGGCGUGUUGUCAGGAAGUUUGCCGGUCACCACGGCAACAUCAACGACAUGACAUUCAGCCCUGAUGGCCGCUGGCUGGUUACCGUGGCGAUGGACUGCACCAUUCGUACCUGGGACCUCCCCUCUGGAUG